CAAUCGCCACAGAUGUUUUUUGAGCCAAUAAACAAAAUAAAUGUGUUUUAUUUGGCCACUGACUCGUUUAAUUUUUCAGUAUUUUGUAAAUGAAAUGUUAAAAAAUUUUGGAAAAACUUAACAAUCCCCCACUUUUAAAUAAACUUUAAUUUAAAUCAAUCAAACCUAAUAGCCACAAUGCACAGAAUCUUAGAACUUUACAGUGGUAUAGGUGGCAUGCACUGUGCAUGGAAAGAGUCACAGUUAGAUGGUGAAGUAGUAUUAGCAGUUGACAUAAAUACUGUUGCAAAUGAAGUUUAUACACACAACUUUCCUGAAACAUGUCUGUCAAACCGAAAUAUUCAAUCAUUUACUUCAAAGGAAAUAGAAAAACUUAAUGUGAACACAGUGCUAAUGUCUCCACCAUGUCAACCGUUUACUAGAAAUGGUAAAUACUUGGAUGUAAAUGAUCCUCGAACCGAUUCAUUUACUUACCUGAUACAGUUGCUUUGUGAAUUAAAUAAUAUUGAAUAUAUAUUAAUGGAAAAUGUCAAGGGUUUUGAAUGUUCAACUGUUAGAAAUUUAUUUAUAGAUUCAUUAAAGGCAUGUGGAUUUAGUUAUCAGGAAUUCCUUCUAUGUCCUACCAAAGUUGGUGUUCCAAAUUCUAGGUUAAGGUAUUAUUGUAUUGCCAGAAGAAGUGUUUCAGAAUGGCAUUUUAAAAGAAAGGAAGACAUUAUCACCAGUUUGCCUUGUGACUAUGGUCUUCCAAAUAUGCUUGAAGAAAUAUUACAAAAGGAGGUACCGGAUAAAUACUUACUAAAUGAAAAGAUGUUGAAGAGAGCAAAUGUAUUGGAUAUAUGCUACAAGCAUUCUAGAAGAUCUUGUUGCUUUACAAAAUCUUAUACUCAUUAUUUGGAUGGAACAGGCUCAGUUUAUACCAAUUCAAAUGAGGAUCAUGUUGAAAAAUGUUACAAAGUAGCCAAUACUUUUGAUGUAGGCAGUGAAAAGUUUAUCGAGUUAUUUAAAGAACUUAAGUUAAGAUUCUUUACACCUUAUGAAGUUCUUAGACUAAUGAGUUUUCCUCAAAACUAUGAAUUUCCAGAAAACAUAACAAUGAAGCAAUGUUACAGGUUAUUGGGUAACAGUGUAAAUGUUAAAGUUAUAGGUGAACUUUUGAAGAUACUUUUUGAUUAAU